GCACCAGUGGACACCUUCCUCGAUGCCGACCCCGCUAAGAAAAUGGUCGCCCGCCUCUUCACCAUGGUAAACUUGAACCGCUACAACUCAUCCGCAGUUUCGGAUCCUUAUGCGUUGUGGCACAUUUCCGAGUGAAGGAAGAAGGCGCCUUGUACGCCCUGAUUUUCCACGGGCUAUUAGCGAGCUGAGAUAUGGCCUAAUUAUAUCAGCCACGUGGAUACCACAUGACCGGAGCUGCUGUCGUCAGGUCCUACCUCUUUAGCUCAAGGUAACCAAAGGUUCACCAAGAUUAGUUAAGGGCCGAGUCAGGAAAAUAAAGACCGCAGGUCAGGAAGGCGUCCAGCUCGGGGCACGAGCUGGAGGUGGAAGCCGUGAUUCCUUAUAAAGUCAACCACGCAAUGUAAACGUGCAUAUAUCAGACAUCACGUGUCUGAUAUAUCCCUGAAUUCUCGGACACACAGCAUGAACGUGCGUAUUCAGGCACCCACGACUGGGUUGGGUCGUGCGGCCCAUUACCCCCCUUACCUGUUGAUUAGACCACACUUCAUUUGUCAGGUUUUAGGAAUUAAUCAUGAAUGUCACAGAAGUGACAUGAUGGGUCAGAAGGUCACGGGAUGACCCCCCUUACCAACUCCUAGGUGCCCUCUCCUAUAAAUAUGGAGACCCUGGGAGUUGCAAAGGGUUGGAUUCUAUGGUGUAACGAAAUACCUUGUAAAGAAUACCAUAAAUAUAGCAAUAAUAUUGGCUGGUGGAGUAGAAGGAUUUUAACCUUUGAACCACCUAAAAACGUGUUUGUGUCAUCAGUCCAUUUUAGGAUCAUUCAUCUGUUUUGGUUCAUUAUUAACCACUAAUAUCUUUCUCUUAUUUUCUUAAUUACCUGUUGGCGAAGAACCGCGUCAACACGCCUUUAGUUGAACAUCACUCGGACAGGGGUGACGCGGAGUGGGUGCCUGAGGAGGCUUCCCCAGAACCCAAACGCCCACCCCGGUCAUCUCCGUCUCCUAGGGGGUGCCCUCCUUUGGUCCCUAUGGAUCGUGACAUGGCCUCUCAUUCCUGCGGUCCGCAGGCCAUGCUAGGGUGCUUUGUCGUGCCCUUUUAUGAGGAAUACGAUACUCUUCCUCAUGCUUUCAUCAAUCUUGGUCCAUCGGGCCCCCAUUUUUCUGGUGUUCCCGCGCCUCCUCCUCCUUCGGUGAGUGGGUCAUCCAUCCUUGCUCAGCCAGGCGCCCCUGAUUCAGAGGGGAAACCCUGGGUGGGUCAUAUGGCAGCCUCUUAUGGGAAAAGGUAUACCCGGGUCACUGAGGGUAUUCCUAAGACCGAGUGGAGAGGUUGCUUGGGGAGACUCUUGUGCGCUCCACAACUUGGGCUUCUUUGGUGGCUCAACACUUCGCCGACUCAGCACAGGACCUCUCUUUUUUUAACGCUGAAAGGGACCGUCUAACGGUCAAGGUUCAGGAGCUUGAGAGGGAACUUACUGAUACCAAGCUUAAGCUUGAGAAGGCCUUGGCAAAGGCCUCUUCAUCGUCAAAAAAGAAUAGGAGAGUGGAAGCCAAGGUCGCGAUGUUGCAGGAGAGGGUCACUCGCUUGGAAGCCAAUCUUGAGGGAACAGAAGCCAAGGUUGCAACGUUGCAGGAAAGGGUCACUCUCCUAGAGGCAAAUUUGGCUGAGAUUGAAUACAAAUCCAUAGAGCGCACCCUCUAUGGAAUGUGGAGGCAAAAUCCUAACUUCGAUUGCUCCACCUUUGGUGAGCAAGAGGAUUAGCUACCCUUAUAGAUAUUAAGGGAGUCAAAAAGUUCCACAAAGAUAGUCUCCUAAUAAAAGCUCUUACCUCAGAACCCCAUCCACGAGGGGCAAGACCUCAAGAAGGACGCCCACUGACAGAGUUCCCUUAAUGAUUUUCAUUCACAUGUUUACUAAAAUAAAGAAUGAGAUAAUUUGGUGGGAUAAGGGGGAAAAGAAUGAGAAUGUUUUUUUCCCUCAAUUAUCUAAGGAAUGUCAUUAAGGUAAUGACUUCUAUUUUUUUAUUUUAUUUUUUAUAUAUAAAAAAUUAAAAGAC